CUGGCAGGCCGGUCGCUGUGCGUCAACCAAUCACCGGCCCCCUCCCUCAGCCACCCGGGGCAAAGAUAUACCCAUCCGCAAGCCUGUGGACGCCAGGGAGUAGUGAACACCAGCCGUCUUGCCCCGAUCCUCACCUGCUGCUGCAGCCAUGGCGACCACCGCGGCGCUCUCCACCGCCGCCAACCCCACCCACCAGCUCUGCCGGUCCCGCGCUACGCUGGGCAAGCCAGUGAAGGGGCUUGGCCUGGGGAUGGGCCGGGAGCGCGCCCAGAGCAUCACGUGCCAGGCGGCGAGCAGCAUCCCCGCCGACCGCGUCCCCGACAUGGAGAAGCGGAAGCUGAUGAACCUCCUCCUCCUCGGCGCCAUCUCGCUGCCCACCGUCGGCAUGGUCGUCCCCUACGGCGCCUUCUUCGUCCCCGCCGGCUCCGGCGGCGCCGGCGGCGGGACCUACGCCAAGGACAAGCUGGGCAACGACAUCACGGUGGAUGAGUGGCUCAAGACGCACGGUCCCAACGACCGCACGCUGGCGCAGGGGCUCAAGGGUGACCCGACGUACCUGGUGGUGGAGCAGGACAAGACGCUGGCCACCUACGGGAUCAACGCCGUGUGCACUCACCUCGGCUGCGUCGUGCCGUGGAACGGCGCCGAGAACAAGUUCAUCUGCCCCUGCCAUGGAUCCCAGUACAACAACCAGGGCAAGGUGGUCCGUGGACCGGCGCCUCUGUCGCUGGCGCUGGUUCACGCCGACGUCGACGACGGCAAGGUCCUCUUCGUCCCGUGGGUGGAGACCGACUUCAGGACCGGCGAGGACCCGUGGUGGAAGGCAUGAGGAGGAUCCCACACCAGCGGUGCUCAGUGCUCACAGAUGACCUAUGUAUGGUGCCUCCUGUGUCGCUGUGAUGAGGUCAUAGACUUGCCUUGCGUUCGUUCUCCAAGGGCGUACAAACUCACUUGCUUCUUGCCUCCAAAUUAUAUAUAUGUACACAAACUGUAUGAAACACCAACAGCUGUUUUUCAUCUCUUCAUAUACUGUGGCCAUUUGGAUGGUUGAUGC